AUAGCAAUGGCAAUCAUCUCUUCUUUCAACCUGCAAUAUUUCUCCAUUUUUGCUCUUCUCUUUCUCUUGCUAUCUGCCCAAUCCUUUGCAACUUCUACUUCCAGUACUACUACAGAUCGCUUCAUUCAAUGUCUAAACCACCGAUCCGACCCUUCUUUUCCGAUCACCGGAGAAGUCUACACUCCGGUGAACACCUCUUUCCCCUCCGUCUUGCAAAAUUACAUCCGAAAUCUUCGAUUCAAUGAAACCACGACUCCGAAGCCCAUCCUGAUCAUCACAGCUUUACAUCCUUCACAUAUUCAAGCCGCUGUUGUUUGCGCCAAAAAACACCGGUUGCUAAUGAGAACAAGAAGUGGAGGCCAUGAUUAUGAAGGGCUUUCAUACGUUUCGAAUUCGAACCAACCAUUCUUUGUUGUUGACAUGUUCAACUUACGGUCUGUAAACGUGAGCAUCGAACAAGAAACUGCAUGGGUUCAAGCCGGUGCUACUCUUGGUGAAGUCUACUAUCGAAUUGCUGAGAAAAGCAAUACACAUGGUUUUCCGGCAGGAGUUUGCCCUACUGUUGGAGUUGGUGGCCAUUUUAGUGGUGGCGGAUAUGGUAACUUGAUGAGAAAGUACGGUCUAUCGGUAGACAAUAUUGUCGACGCUCAGUUAAUUGAUGUGAAUGGCAGGAUUUUGAAUCGGAAAUCCAUGGGUGAAGAUUUGUUUUGGGCCAUCACCGGUGGUGGAGGUGUCAGCUUCGGGGUGGUUCUAGCCUACAAGAUCAAACUGGUUCGUGUUCCUGCCGUCGUGACUGUCUUUAUGAUCGAAAGAACUUACGAACAGAACCUCACCACCAUAGCCGAACGGUGGCUGGAAGUUGCCGAUAAGCUUGAUAACGAUCUUUUCCUACGAAUGACCUUCAGCGUCAUAAACAACACAAAUGGUGAGAAGACAAUUCGUGCUAUAUUUCCAACGUUGUACUUAGGAAACUCGACAACACUUGUUACACUCUUGAAUAAGGAUUUCCCAGAAUUAGGGUUACAAAGAUCGGACUGUAUCGAAAUGAGUUGGAUCGAGUCUGUGCUUUUCUACACAGGCUUCCCCACCGGUACGCCCACCACCGCUCUUCUAAGUCGUAUACCUCAAAGACUCAACCCAUUCAAGAUCAAAUCCGAUUACGUACAAAACCCUAUUUCGAAACAAGGAUUCGAGUUCAUAUUUGAAAGGAUGAAAGAACUUGAAAACCAGAUGUUAGCUUUCAACCCUUAUGGUGGAAGAAUGAGUGAGAUUUCAGAAUUUGCUAAGCCUUUUCCUCAUCGAUCAGGGAAUAUAGCAAAGAUCCAAUACGAAGUAAACUGGGAAGAACUUGGCGUUGAAGCUGCAAAUCGAUACUUAAACUUCACAAGGAUGAUGUAUGAUUACAUGACUCCGUUUGUGUCCAAGAACCCUAGAGAAGCAUUUCUAAACUACAGGGAUCUGGACAUUGGUGUCAAUAGCCAUGGCAGGAAUGCUUAUGCUGAAGGGAUGGUUUAUGGGCACAAGUAUUUCAAAGAGACGAAUUACAAGAGGCUAACAAUGGUGAAGUCUAGGGUUGAUCCUGACAAUUUCUUUAGAAAUGAGCAAAGCAUCCCAACUUUGUCAUCUUGAAGGAAGGAAGUGAAUUCACAUGUGAAUACCCUUUCGUAGAGUAAAGCAGGGGUUUUUCAGGGUUACAACAUCCAAAUCCAGAAAACAGAGAAAUAAUUUUGGCUUGUAUAUAUUCUAUACAAACAAAAUUGUAUCAUUCUGAAUGAUGAUUUUGUAACUCUGAGAAAACGUAAUAUCUUGAUUGUUGUAAUAAAAUAAUGGUUGAUAAAUUUGUUAUAGUACUGAUAUUCAGAUUGUGUUUAAUAAAGACGUAAAUCACUCAUUGUUUUGAA